UAUGCAAAAAUAAUGACGUUUUUCGCACGCCGUCAGCUUCCGGUAGACUAAAAAUGAAAAGUAAAAAACAAUAAAACUGAUAAAAAUGCCACCUACAUCCAGUAAAAAACCUUUCAUUCAUGCAGCUCCAGAACCAGCUGUUGAGCAACCUAUCCAACCCGGUCAGAUUAUAAUAAUACAACCAGGAUCGCUGAAUCUUCAGAUAGGUCGAGCUAUAGAGGGAGUUCCUCUUACCAUACCUCAUUGUAUCGCCCGGAGAAACAAAAAAGCUGUUUCUAAUGUUCCCCAGUCUUCAAUAUGGAUUCGACAGGAAACUCUGCACUCAGAAGCUAAACAUUUAAUGAAACAUGGUCUAAAGGCCGCAGAAGAUGUUCUGACAAAUCGUGUGAUGGAAAAUGGAAGUAUACGACCUUGUACAUCUUAUAAAGAGCUAGCCAAUCAUAAUUCUACCGUACAAGCUGAGAGAACUGAUAUAAAAAGUAAUAAAAGUUGGUCAGAUACAUCAAGUCAACCAGAAUAUCUCAUUGGAGAAGAAGCUGUACAUGUUCAUCCAUCAGAUAGAUAUAUACUGUCAUGGCCGAUACAACGAGGAAGAUUGAAUUUACAUGAAGGACCUGGAGGGUCGUUAACAGCUCUUAUGGCUGAUUUAGAAUUAAUUUGGGGAACAGCUUUAGAAAAAAAUCUGGAUAUUUCCCUUGAAGAUAUAAAGUUGUAUAGAGUAAUAUUAUUAAUACCUGAUAUAUAUAUACAUCAACAUGUGAAAGCCAUGGUAACCAUGUUAUUACAAAAUCUGGGGUUUUCUGCCAUCAUUGUUCAUCAGGAAUCUGUUUGUGCUACGUUUGGAUGUGGUAUAACAUGUGCUUGUGUAGUAGAUGUAGGUGAUCAGAAGACCAGUAUAGCUUGUGUUGAAGAUGGAAUAUCUAAUAAACAUACACGAAUAACAAUGGAAUAUGGAGGAGGAGAUGUAACUAGGACGUUUCAUUGGUUGCUAGGUAGAGCUGGUAUACCAUUACGUGAUAUAAAUCUCAGUAGUUUGAUUGACGGUCUCAUUUUACAAGAUUUAAAAGAAACAUAUUGUCAUUUAGAUCUGGAUGUGUAUGGUAUCUUGGAUCAGGUUGUUGAAAUAAAAAAAGUACAGAAGAAUGCUGUUCAUUAUAACGUAAAGUUAGGUGAUGAGUUAGUUCUUACACCAUUAAGUUUACUUCAUCCUGAGAUGUUUGGUUUACAUGGUAACAAGUUAAUACGGGUACAGAGUAGAUAUGAUGGUGAUCCAGAUGAUCCCCAUGAUGACCAUUUCCUUGUACAAACACAAAGACAACAACGUGAGGCUGCAAAACUUGGUGGAUCAAAGAAAGGAGCAGAAGAACCAAGAGAUGCAGACGCUAAUUUAUCACAGAUGGAUGACAGUCAGUUUGUCACGACCAUGUCACAGAUGGACGAAGAUUCCAAUGAAGCCCAGGAUAAUCUCCAAACAAAUGAAUUAAAUAAAUCGGAGAGGAGAAAAGAUUUAGAUGAUGAUGACGAACAAGAAGAAGGAAUAGUAACACAGUUAAUGGGAGUUGAUGAAGCCAUUGUAUAUAGUAUUGAAAAAUGUAGUAAUGAUGAUAUCAAGCGUAAAAUGUAUAGUUGUAUUUUAAUAAUUGGAGGUGGAAUGAGUUUUGACGCAGCUCAGAAAUGUAUAACAGGUCGUAUCUGGCCUCAGAUUCCACACUAUCAACGACUACAGAUGGAUACCAUGGAUGUACUUACACGACCAAAGGAUGUUGACCCCAAAAUAAUCUGCUGGAAAGGUGCGGCUAUUUUGGCAUGUUUAGAUACUGCUCAAGAAUUAUGGAUUCAUGAAAAGGAAUGGGAACAGUUUGGUGUAAGGUUAUUACGUGAAAGAGCUCCAUUUGUUUGGUGAUUAAAAGUAAAGAGAAACUGUGACAUUUUUAAUGGAAUGACAGAAUGGUGAAGAUGAAAUGGUACCUGAAUUUUACAAAAUUCAGAAAAACAACUUGUAAAUUGGAACCAGAAUGGAUAUGAACGAUUUAUUUUGAAGCAUUUCAAAGUGGUUAUUUGAAUAAUGGAUAAAUGGUUUAUAAAAAUACAAUAAAAGAAAUACCACAAGUGAGCGUUUUGUCAGUGCAACAAGAAGAGAAGAUGAAACCAAUCUUAUGCAGCUAUUACAGGAAUAUACUGUUAAGAAAAAAGCAGUGUUCCAGACAAAGACUAUAUAUUAUUGUGACUGUAAUUUCUCGGGGGCCAGGAGUAUUACAUGCUAUAAAGACAAGCUAAAUGUGUGUGGGGCCAAACUUCAAAUUAGAUCCAGGAAUACCCCAAUAACAAACUGCUUUAAAGCCAUGCUUAAUAAAUGUGGGACCAAAUUUCAGUUCAAGUCAUGAACACUUCUACAAGGAAUGGCUAUUAAGGCAUGCUUUAUGUAGGGCCAAAUUUUUAAAUGGUCGAGGAACAUUCCUACAACGAAAUACUAUAAAAUCAUGCUAUCUGAUUAAAAUAAAGAUCUACAUUUCGUUUCGUUUUUUUUUAUACUUUCGAUGGCCUACACUACAUGAAGAUCUGACAAGUUUUUUUCAGGGGUCAAAAAAACGACUUAUGACCCUAUGAUGUCAGACCAAUCAGCAUUGAUGUUACUAGUGGAUUACCCACAGUUCCGUGCAGAACACGCCUAAAGCUCGCCGUAACAGACCGUUUCAUUGGCUUAUCCCUGACACCAUUCAGAACACGAGUUAAAUAACAACUCUUCCAGAUCCAAGUGUAGUAAAGACAAGUAAAACGAAAUUUUGAACUAUAAAGACGAAACGAUUGUUGUUAGUUGUAUUUUAUGUCCGCUUCCACCGAGGUGAUAUCGUAGACAAGACGACGAAACGAAAUAGGAUCUGUGUUUUAACCAGAUUGUAAAGACGUGUAAUGUAUGUGGACACUAAAUAUUUAUCUCUAAAUAUCUACAUGUUUCUUUGCCUGGCAAGCUAUAUUGCAUCACAACAAUAAAUGAUAUAAAAAAUAAACAACUAUUUUCUAUAUUUUAUUUGAUCUUACAUCUGUUUCUAGCUUGUGACAAGUACUAAACAGUAAUAAUAAUAAUAAUUUCAAUGGUA